AUGAACGACCACAGGGAGCACUUCUUGAGAAAAUUUAGAGAGAUGGAUAUCGAUAGCAGUGGCGUUCUUUCCAAGUCUGAAGUGAAAGAAUGUCUCGGUGCUGCUGGCUUCGAUAAGAAAUUCAUCAAGAAAUUUAUGAAGAGAUUUGACGCAGACGGUGACGGUAACAUUACUGAGGACGAAUAUCUUCGUGUCGUUUGUGAUCUACCGGAAGAAGAGCUCAAAAUAGCUUUUUGGCGAAACGUUUUCGACGAUGUGGAUAAAGACAAGUCUGGAAGGAUCUCGUGUGUAGAGCUGUACAACCUUCUGAAGGACAUGGGCUUCCCCGUAAAGGUGUCCGAACUAGAGGAGUGGAUUCGGAGCCACGAUAAGGAUAAAGAUGGAGAAAUGGACUUCCAUGAGUUUGUUGCUUUCAUGUCUGAUCCAACGCAUCGAGAGUAA